AGUCACAGGCUGCACUUGCUGGUUCGUUUAAACCAAUGACUUAACGCAGUGGCUACUAAGCUUCGUUUAUGCUUCAGCCAUAGGAUUGUGUCGCAGCGUGUCCCUGCUGAGGAGCGGACAGAGCAUCUGUUGGAAUACAAGUUGACUCUGACAAAAACAACAGCAGCAUCCUCGCACCCUGCCUCCCAUCCCAGCAGCCAUCACACGGAGCAAAUAAACGCGUAAAUGGAGUUUCGAUCGUUGUCGUGACUGUUCUCCAUCCGCCUCUCACCCUGCAGAAGACUGCGUUGAAGUUGCAGCAGCAUCCAUAGCACCGCGGCUCUCUCCUUUGCAGACAUGGGUACCGUCCUGUCUAUAUCCCCGGCGAGCAAGAAGGCAUCGAUUAUGGACUCUGAGGUCGCAGGAGAUGGGCUCAAAAACGACAAGAGCCUCAAGCGGCACUCGAUGUUCGUCUCUCUGUCCUGGAAGAAGCUGGUGGCCAAUUCGGCCAAGAAGAGUGCCAAAAAAGUGACCCCGAACCCGAUGCCCGCCCGCGAGCUCCCAUCCAGCCAGGUGGCGCAGCUCAACAGCGAAAACAUCAGGAAGACGCACCAGACCGAGGAGAAGAAACCCAAAGCGCCGAUCCCGGUCCCGGUGCCCACGGUGCCCACGCAGAACAACGAUGCUGUCGUCCAAAACGGGAGGCUUUCCACGGUCCAGAAGCAGCCCAGCAGCCUGUCUCUGGUGUCACCCAGGCGGAUAGUUAUUCAAGCUUCCACCGGGGAGCUGCUGCGCUGUUUGGGGGACUUCAUGUGCCGCAGGUGUUUUAAACUGAAGGAGCUCAACAGCGGAGAGGUGAUCCUCUGGUUCCGCAACAUCGAUCGGACUCUUUUGCUCCAGGGCUGGCAGGACCAAGGCUUCAUCACGCCGGCUAACGUGGUGUUCGUGUACCUGCUGUGCGAGGACACGAUAGAGGACAGCAUCAGCAGCCCGGCCGAGCUGCAGGGCACCUUUCAGACUUGCCUCUACCUCGCCUACUCCUACAUGGGCAACGAGAUCUCCUACCCGCUCAAGCCGUUCAUGAUCGAAGCGAACAAGGACGUGUUCUGGGAGACGUCGCUCCGGAUCAUCAACAGGCUGAGUGCCAAAAUGCUGCAGCUGAAUGCAGACCCGCACUUUUUCACCGAGGUCUUCCAGGACCUCAAAAACCAACGAGACACAAGCGAGACAAACCUGGACCGCUGACAGACUAACAAGACACUGGUGUUUGUUUUUUUGAGAAGAUGAAUGUGUUUUGCAGAAUCACACAGAGGUGGUUUUGAAUGUAAAAGGCCAUCGUUGAAGGCUUCUCACGUCUGGGCUGAAUAUCUCUCUCUCUAAUGAUGUUACACAACUUCGGUAUGGUGUUUAGGCUACAGUGUAGGAGAUUUCAUAAAUGCAUGCCAAUGAUAAUAUUGUCCUCUUUUGUCUUGUCCCUCUUGAGUGACGUGGGGGUUGAUUCCGUGGUAGAGAUCUCACACCCUAUAAGUGACGCUCAAAUCCCCGUUUCAUUCAUGAUUAGCCUACUUUCCGGGUAAGUGAGUGGAUGUCGCAGUGAGACGCAGGUUCCAGGGACCAGAAUAGAUCUGUGUUUGUAAGAAAGUCGAGAGGCGGAGCUGUCCGAGGUGCUGACCUGUGCAGCCAUUUCUACCCCCGCUCCCUGCUACUUACAGUCACCUCGCCACAACAGAGCCAUGCGUGGCUUAAAGAGGACCAGAAUCAGCCUGGUACACUUUCAGCACAUAAGCCUAAGCCUUGUAAGUAGAGGUGUACAGUAUAUUGUGCUUUUUUAGAUUCCCCACCAGCUGAUAGGUAAGCUGUUAGACAUGCAACAGAUAACAGGAGCAUGUUCUUAACUGUAGAUAUUGCUCUAUGGG